AUGACGACGCGAUACGCGCCAAGCGAGCUGGCGCCGCCCGAGGGCUUGGAUGAGCUGCUCUGGGGCUUUGCCAAGGAGGUGCUACGCGAUCAGCCAGCUGACAUCAUUGGCUAUGGCGCCAAAUACUUUCGCACGCUCGCAGACCAGGGACCCGCCCCUUCACAGAAGGAAACCCAGCGCUCAGCGCCUAGCCAGCCUUCAUCCCGCCCUGUCUCAAGCAAGCCCGUGAGUAAGCCUGGCACAGCUCCAGCGCCUGAAGUGCACGAGACUUCCGAAGCGACAUCAGAAGCUGAGCCCGAAGAAAGUGAAGUGGCUCAAGAGAGCGAAGCUGCACCUGCGGAUGAGGAAACUCCUGCACAGACAGAGGAGUCUGCCGAGCAACCGGCCGAGGAGCAGCCUGCUGACGCCGAGGAGCCCGCGACUGCAGCCAACGAUGAAACUAAUGAAGAAGAGGCUGCCGAUGAGCCCGAUGAGCCCGAGGCGCCAGCCGAUGAGCCCCAAGCACCUGCCGAUGAGCCCGAGGCGCCAGCCGAUGAGCCCGAGGCGCCAGCCGAUGAGCCCGAAGCACCUGUCGAUGAGCUCCCGGCGCCAGCCGAUGAGCCCGAAGCACCUGUCGAUGAGCUCCCGGCGCCAGCCGAUGAGCCCGAAGCCCCUGCCGAUGAUCCCGAAACACCUGCCGAUGAGCCCGAGGCACCUGCCGAUGAGCCCGAGGCGCCAGCCGAUGAGCCCGAGGCACCUGCCGAUGAGCCCGAGGCACCGGCCGAUGAGCCCGAGGCACCUGAAGCUGCAACUGAGGAGGAUGCUGACCAAGCACAGGGGACUGAUACUGCGGAGGCUGCUGAGCAAUCCGAGCAACCUGCGGAGGCUGCAGAACCCAAACCCGUCGCAGCAAGCUCCGCCAUUGACCCUGUCGGCCAGGCUUUGCUGGCCAAGGUGGCACCGGAGCAGGCGGAGCAGGACAUGUUGGCCGCCAUUGGCAGUCAGGAAGCUCUCAAGUCGCUUUGGAAGCAAGCCGAUUACAAUGGUAACGGAGGUUGCUCCUUGGCGGAGCUGGACAAGCUGGUCGAGGAGAAGGGUUGGCCCCUGAGCAAACCCACUCUUAUGCGGGCCUACAAGAAGACAACGCUAAAGGAUGGAGAUGGCGAUGCCUGGGUUGAGCGCAAGGAGUUUGCUGCGUUCAUCAGCAAUGCCUUCUUCUUUGAGCGGCUGUGGGAUGUUUUUGAGGAUUUGGACACGGGUGAUGAUCGUCGUAUUGACCUGCCCGAGUUUCAGGCCGGCAUGCGCAAGCUGGGCUGUGCGCUGAGCGACGAGGAGGCUGCGACAGAGUUUGCUAAGAUUGACACCAAUGGCGGCGGGCAGAUCCUCUUCAAGGAGUUCUGUGCCUACGCGGCACGCGCCGUGGGGACGGACAUUGAGGCCGCUGAUGCUCAAUGGCAGGAGGAUGCCACUGAUGCUGGAUCGGCAGAUUCGGCAACGGCGGGCUUUGAUGUAAACAAGUUGCUCGAUGCCAUUGCCCCAGACCAAGCCAACAAAGAUUUGCUGGCUGCCAUCGGCAGCAAAGAGGCCAUUGGUGCCUUGUUUCGCCAAGCCGAUUACAACGGCAACGGAGGCUGCUCCUUGGCGGAGCUGGACAAGCUGGUCGAGGAGAAGGGUUGGCCCCUGAGCAAACCCACUCUUAUGCGGGCCUACAAGAAGACAACGCUAAAGGAUGGAGAUGGCGAUGCCUGGGUUGAGCGCAAGGAGUUUCCAGCCUUUAUGCGCAACGCGUUUCUGUUUGAGCGAUUGUGGGACGUCUUUGACGGCCUGGAUGAGGACGAUGAUCGCCGCAUUGACUUGGCCGAGUUCAAGGCUGGCAUGCUCAAGCUGGGCUGUGUGCUGAGCGACGAGGAGGCUGCGACAGAGUUUGCCAAGAUUGAUACGAACAACGGUGGCAUGGUGCUAUUCAAGGAGUUUUGUGAUUAUGUCGGCCGUGCCGGCGGCUUGGAGCCCGUGGAAGGCGAUGACUGGUAAACAGUCGUGUGGCCCUGUGCUUGUUCCUGUGCUUGGAUCUGUGCUUGUGCUUGUGCUGUUUUAUCUGAAGGCUCUUUUAUGUGCGAGGUUUUUCUGUCCCCCCCCCCCCCCCCC